AUGGCUCUUUCUACUUGCAAACCAUCAAAACCUCUCUCCAAGCGCAAGCUGGCUCUGUGGAGUCCACCGAAGGCCUCAAAACUGGCUGCACCUGUGCCACGCCAGCGGCCAGCUAGCCAGCGUGCACCUCUGACCUUGGUGAGGCCUGUGCUGCUGGAUGACACUUGUCUGCACCCUCAGCUCCAGCCUCCACACCACACUGCCCUGGGUAUCGGGCUGAUGAGGAGCCUUCACUCUUUGCCUUACCUCCUCCUCCUGCCACUGAGUGCCUGCUUUCCCCUGCUGGACACAAGGGGACCCACAGACGUCGGUGACAUCGGAGCCAGGAUGAGCUGGGCCCACCUGGCUGAGGGACGCAGACCCCACUCAGUGCGAAGUCCUUCCCCGUGGCUGAGAGUACCACAGCCACAGGCCCUGUUUGUGGUGGCCAAGGAACUGCAGGCCUUACGCAGGGAGCACACCGGCUUCCGCCUAGGGAGGCAGGAUGGAAGCAGCGAGGCUGCUGCGGGGUUCCUGCCCACUGACUCAGAGAAGGCCAGCGGCCCCCUGGGGACCCUGGCGGAGGAGCUCAGCAGCUAUAGCAGGAGGAAGGGAGGCUUCAGCUUUCGCUUUGGCCGCUGA